UGUGCUGUAAUUAAUAUUAUUCGCGCCCCCUCUCUCUUUAUUUCAUCGCCGGAGUCACCACCGCAUCUUUUGGUGUCUCCGUCAGCCAUUUCCUCCGAUCUACAUUUUCCAUUUCCUUCAGAUGCCGCUCAUUUCCAAUCCUUCACCGUGCUGCGCCGCCACCGCGGUUAACUCCUCUUCGGAGAGGAAGGCGAGGUUCGCCUCUGGUCCACGGAGGAAUUCCAAUCCCAAUGCCACGUCUCCCAUUCUCCGGCUCACUCAGAAUGACAGAUUCAAUGUGCCGCGGUUGGCUCGAAGCUACACUAGCCGUGCAGUUAAGGACCGGACCGUAUCAAUGGCAUUGGUGAGUGACACUCUGGGACAGAAGGGAGAUGUGGCCAGCUCUUCUAGUGUUUUGGCAUAUGAAUUGGUCCAAGGGGCACUUGUGAGAUGGAGUUCUGUUAUGGACAAAUCUUUGCCUGAUCCACCAACAGCUGUCUUUCUGCAUGGGAUCCUGGGUUGCAGGAAAAACUGGGGAACUUUCGUUAAGAGAUUGGCAAAAGAGUUUCCUAUGUGGCAGUUUCUUGUAGUAGACCUACGAUGUCAUGGUGAUUCAGCUUCAAUGAGGAAGAGAGGGCCCCAUUCUGUUCAAUCUGCUGCUCUUGAUGUUUUGAAACUGGUUCGGGAGCUAAGAAUAACACCUCGUUUGUUGGUUGGUCAUAGUUUUGGAGGAAAAGUUGUUUUGAGCAUGGUGGACCAAGCUGCAAAACCUCUUGCUCGACCAGUGAGAGCAUGGAUUCUUGAUGCAACUCCUGGAAAAGUUCGAGCAGGUGGAGAUGGAGAGGACCAUCCAGCAGAACUCAUAUCCUUCCUAAGUACACUGCCAAAGGAGGUCUCUUCAAAGAGGGAUGUUGUGAAAGCUCUUAUUCAACAAGGGUUUUCUAAUGAUGUGGCACAGUGGGUUGUGACUAACUUACGACCAACCGGCUCUCCUGGUUCAGGCUUCUCGUGGGUGUUUGACUUGAGGGGGAUAGCAGAAAUGUAUCAAUCUUAUGAAGAAGCAAAUUUGUGGAAAAUUGUUGAAGACGUACCUCGUGGUGUGCAUGUGAACUUUUUGAAAGCAGAGAGAAGCCUACAUAGAUGGGCUCUAGAAGAUCUUCAGCGAAUCCAUGCUGCUGAGGAGAUUGCUGCUGAGGAAGGAGGCGGAGUUGAAAUGCAUGUCCUUGAAGAUGCUGGCCACUGGGUACAUGCUGAUAACCCUGAUGGACUGUUCAGAAUACUGUCAUCCUCUUUCCAGGGAGUCAAGGCGUGAGUCUACAAAUAUGUACACUUUUAAUGUAAUUUCUAACUUAUUUGGGAUGGGAUGACCUUCAUAGUUUGAUGCUAUCAACUGCUCUUUACUCCAUUUCCAAAUUUUCUCCGGCUAUCACUUCUGUAUAUAAACUUAUUGUUAUUUUAUUAGAGUCAUGCUAACCAAGUGCCCUUAGGGUAGUGGUUAAGGAAUCAAUAAAUAGAGUUGUUUUUAUCAAAAUUCACAGUAUUCAAUAUUUUAUUAAUUUCAAAAGUUGCACUUUCUAAUAGA